GUGCUGAACAUAAAGGGUGACCGGUCCAACUGUAACAACUAUAGAGGGAUUUCGCUACUAUCUCACGUAGGCAAGGUCCCCAUCAAGAUCAUCACCAACCGUCUAAGCGCCUUCUGCGAAGCCAACAACAUCCUCCCGGAGGAAUAGUGCGGAUUUUGGCCCGGGCGAUCCACCGUCGACGUGCUAUUCGUCGUGCGCCGCCUCCAGGAGCUGGGGCGGAGAAAGAAAAGACCGCUCUACAUGUGCUUCGUCGACUUGAACAAGGCGUAUGAUUCGGUGGACCGAGAGAUGCAAUGGAAGGUGCUGGCCAGGGCCGGCAUUCCCGCGAAGCUGAUCGAAGUCAUCCACCAGUUCCACGAUGGAAAGCGGGUCCGGGUGCGCAUGGACGACGGAGAACUAUCGGACUGUUUCUUCGUGACACAGGGCUUGCGACAAGGGUGUGUGCUAUCCCCGCUGCUGUUUAACAUCUUCUUCGCCGAGGUCUUCGAGGUCGUUGUCAUCCGAUUCAGCGAGGAUGAUGUUGUUCUGCGGAGCCAGGUGUGCUUGGAGGAGGGGAAGACGGAAGCGGGGGGGCGGAGGAGACACCCCUUGACCGAGUACGGAGGGCAGUAUGGGGNAGGUGUGCUUGGAGGAGAGGAAGACGGAAGCGCGGGGGGGGAAGGAGACACCAAUUGA